AUGGCACAGGAUGUCUUGGAUCUUUCGGGCCUACAGACCGAGGCGAUUAAUGAGCACACCAGCAAUAUUGACAGGGUUUCGACCCUGCAAAUGUGUACCAUGAUCAAUGACGAAGACAAGACGGUUGCGGACAGCGUUACUGCGUGCUUGAAAGAAAUCGCACUUGCAAUAGACUUUUUAGUACCUCGUGUACGCGCUGGUGGACGAGUGAUUUAUGUCGGAGCAGGGACUAGCGGCAGGUUAGGAGUCCUGGAUAGUUCCGAAAUUCUACCUACUUUCGCAGCCCCCCCAACACAAUUUGUCGGCUUGAUUGCCGGAGGGGAUGCAGCAAUUCGCAAGGCACAGGAAGGAGCAGAAGACAGCAUCGCAGCAGCCAAAGAUGAUCUUGCGGCGAUGAAUCUGAAUGGCGAGUCAGACAGUAUUAUUGGAAUCGCAGCAUCCGGCCGCACGCCUUAUGUUCUUGGCGCACUCGAAUAUGCGAAGAGCUUGGGCUGCCUCACACUUGGAGUUGCAUGCGUAUCGCCGUCAGAAAUGGGUCAAUCAGGCAAUGUUGAUGUUAUGAUAGCGCCUUUACCCGGUCCGGAAGUAGUCACUGGGAGUACGAGAUUGAAGGCGGGGACUGCCACAAAACUGGUCUUGAAUAUGCUUAGUACCGGUACUAUGAUCAAGGCUGGAAAAACAUAUGGGAAUAUGAUGGUCGAUCUCAUCGCAUCAAACCAAAAACUAAAACAAAGGUCGCGAAACAUCCUCCGAAAAGUUAGCAAACAAUGUUCGUCCAUGACCGAUCAAGACUUAGAUGAUUUACUCGCGCGUUGCGAUGGAAGAGUAAAAGUUGCACUAGUUGUAGCAGAGAAAGGGCUCUCGGUAGAAGAGAGCAGGGAGCAGCUUGAAGCGGCCCAGGGUGUUCUUGCCAAGGUUAUCGCAACUGAGAAUGAGGUUCAAGCCAAAAAGCAUUUGGUAAAUGGGUUUCAUCAUCGUCGAUCGGUUCUGUGUAUUGAUGGUGGAGGUUCGAAAUGUGCUGCCGUGAUAGGAGAUUCAAGUGGGAACAUAGGGAAAGGCGUUGCUGGUCCUUGCAAUUUAACGGAUGGCAAUUUUGAAGCCUCGGUGAACGCAAUUGUGACAGCUGCGUACGGAGCAAUUAGAGACAUCGAAAAAAAGUCGAUCCAUAUCAACGGCAUGAAUAACACAGCAUACUCAGACUUAUCAGCCAAUACAGAAAUCGACGUGUCAUUCGAUUCAAUUUGGAUCGCAAGUGCCGGGAUGGACCGUCCAGGAAUGCGAGAACGAGUACAAGCAGCAGUGGUACAGAAUCUGAAUUUGAAUAAGUCGAUUCAAAUGCGGAUAACCAACGACGUUGACCUGCUAGCUGCAGCUAUGGCACGACACCCAGAAAUCUCCUCGAGCUUGGUUGUCAUAGCCGGCACUGGUAGCAUCGCCAUUCGCUAUGCUUAUAAUAACAAUGAUAUAACACCAAGGCGCGUUGCACGUGCUGGUGGAUGGGGCCAUCUUCUUGGAGAUGAAGGUGCUGGAUAUGCAAUUGGACGACAAGCCAUCAGGAAGGCAUUGUUUUCAAUGGACAAUAUUAAACUUACUCAGGGAAAGACUGGCCUCAGUUCCCUCGAAAUGAAAAUAGUCAACUUCUUUUCUGGUACUUCGUCUGGAAGAAAAGAUGAUCCUCUGGAUGUUGAUCUACUGAGCAAGGUCCUGAUGGCCAGCGAUGACAAAUCCGCCAAGAGUCGAAUAGCAGGCAUCACACAAACAAUCCUGGAUUCAGCUGGAUCCGGAGAUGCCGAGGCAGUGGACAUUAUUGCUCAACAAGUAUCAGACUUUGUCCAAAACACCCUCAGUCAUCUACUCGACCCUCGGUCCCACGGAUAUGUAGACCCGUCACGAUGUGGUCUCAUUCUAUCUGGCGGAGUUAUGCUUCAUAGCGUGUAUCAAACCAUUUUUCAACUCACCCUAGCCAAACGCAACAUUCGCUUCAACUAUACUGAAGCCGUUCCCAGUGCAGCAGUGGUCGGAGUUGAAUACUUACUAGCAUCGGAUACUCUUCCACUUGUACAAAAUGGGAUAUCUUGA